AGGGGGCCUGACGCAGUAACCCAGCAGCAUCAGCAGUCCGAAAGAUGUUCGCAGGACAGGCGGGAGUGCGCAGUGGCACGAACGCGCACUCACCCACAGAGAACGAUUGCGAUUGGAAGCGAGGCAGACGGAUCGUGUGUUUUGUGUCGCUGCCGCGCAGUAUCUUUAAACGCAAGUGCUGAGGACUGCAACUACAGAGACCGGGGAAACUUUAUUACAAACACUUUUCCAGCUAACGGGAAUGACCGCUCCCAGAUUUUCCUGAACACUAGAGGGUAAUGGGCACAUACCAGAUGUUGAUCCGAUCAGAGUCCGUCUUCUGAAUCUGGCACAUAAAAACUCUGAGUCAUGACGGAAAAAGGUUGCGAUUUGUCCGUCGCUCCCGGGCAGGUGUACAUCGAGGUGGAGUAUGAUUACGAGUACAAGGCCAAAGACAGACUCAUCUCCAUUCGGCAGGGGGAAUGCUACAUGUUGGUUUGCAAAACCAACGAGGACUGGUGGCAGGUACGUAGAGAAGAGGGCACGAAGGCUUUUUACGUGCCAGCUCAGUAUGUUCGCGAAAUCAGGCGAGCCCUCAUGCCGCCGCCGCCCAAGCCUCGCAGUAAACCCCCCAACGUCCUGGAGAUCGGACAGUGCCGGACGUCGAGCGAAAACCUCAACCAACGCGCACCCACGGAAAUGGCCAGUUUUGGGCAUCCGCCUCCUUUGACAACACCUUCCCCGUUGCCAGGGCAACAGACCCCGCCUUUGAUGCUGCGGGACACCAAUCAGAACUCAGGAAUGAAGAGCGUUGUUGCUGAGCUAACUUUGCUUAACAACAACCAUCAUAACUAUCACCACGGCAACCGCACGUUGCCGCAAGGGCGAGCGGAGUCCCCACCGAGAGAGCAAGGAAAGCUCUCAGGCGGGUCGUCGGUGGAUACGGAUGGGAGCGUGUCACCAGGAGAUGGGCUGGAGAAGAUGAGAAAUGACUCAGAAUCUGGAGAUGAGCUCAGCAGCAGCUCUACCGAACACAUGCAGGUCAUAUCUCCCACCGGACAGGGCCGAUCAGAGUCCCCCGUCUACACCAACCUCCAGGAGCUAAAGAUCUCUCAGUCGUCUCUUCCACCUUUACCAUCUACCUCCCCAUUGCAUAUUCUGGGUGAGUGGGAGACACAUAAAGACUCAAGUGGAAGAAACUAUUAUUAUAACCGCAUGACUCAGGAGAGGACCUGGAAACCGCCCCGCUCACGAGACAACGGAGGCUGCCGCGGGGACAUGGAGCAUUUAUCAUCUGAGGAGAACUGCCCCAGCACUCACUCCAGUCAGUCAGACAGUCAGUACGGAUCGCCUCCUAGAGGCUGGUCUGAGGAACUCGAUGAACACGGUCACACACUCUACGUCUCUGAAUACACCAAUGAGAAGUGGAUUAAACAUGUGGAUGAGCAGGGCAGACCGUACUACUACAGCGCUGAUGGAUCCCGAUCUGAAUGGGAGUUACCAAAAUAUAAUCUCCCUUCUCCAAACUCCGGAGAUGCGCCUAAAAGUCAAAGUUUGGAGAGGAAACAACAGGAACCCAUUUUACUGACUAAGUGGAGACACAGCACUUAUGCGCUAGACCUCGGCGACAAGCUUCUUUUUAGAAAAAGAUGGUUCAGCGUUAACCAAUACCCAAUGGGCUUCGGCCUAUCAUUAAACAGAGAAGAGUCUGUAAAUGCUAAACACAGCUCUCCCGAAUCAGACUCAUGUCCCUCCUCACCAAAACACCCCUCAACUCCCUCAGAAAAGUGUGGGGUUCUCAAUGUCACCAAAAUCACUGAACACGGGAAGAAAGUCAGAAAGAAUUGGGCAUCCACCUGGACCGUCCUGCAGGGAUCCUCUUUGCUCUUUGCGAAGGGUCAGGGCAGUGGCACCAGCUGGUCGUACUGCCACAACGGUUCCUUCCCUGAACUCCUCCUUUCGUUGCUAAGUAACUGGAAGCGUUCGAUUAAGCCCCGGCCCGCAGUGUCCUAUACCCACUGUAGGCGUGGCCGGGCUUCCUCUUUUGGAGGGAGCCAGUCCAAACCAGAAUUCACUGUAGACCUCCGAGGCGGUUCAAUCGAGUGGGCAUCCAAAGAGAAGUCCAGCAAGAAACACGUUAUCGAGCUGAAGACAAGAGUGGGCACAGAGCUGCUGAUCCAGUCAGAGAUAGACAGUGUCAUUAAUGACUGGUACAGAGCCCUGUCUGAGACCAUCAACACACAUGCAUGGGAGUCUGAUGAGGCCAUUGAAGAAGAUAUGCCUGAGUCUCCAGGAACUGAGAAACACGACAAAGAGAAAGAUCAUAAAGACGUCAAGAAAAACAGAGCAAUGAAAAGCUCUUCCAGUAUUGAGUCAUCCGAACAGAAGAAGACCAGACUUAAGCUGAAGAAGUUUCUCACACGGAGACCCACAUUACAGGCUGUCAGAGACAAAGGCUACAUCAAAGAUCAGGUGUUCGGCUGCAGUUUGACAGCUCUUUGUCAGAGAGAGGGCACAUCUGUACCUAACUUUGUCAAGAUGUGCAUGGAGCAUGUUGAGAAUACAGGCUUGACUAUUGAUGGCUUGUACAGAGUCAGUGGAAAUCUGGCAGUCAUUCAGAAAUUACGCUUUGCUGUCAAUCAUGAUGAAAAAAUAAACCUGGAAGACAAUAAGUGGGAGGACAUCCAUGUGACCACCGGUGCUCUGAAGAUGUUUUUCCGGGAGCUUCCAGAGCCUCUCUUUACCUACACAUCCUUCAACGAUUUUGUGGAGGCCAUCAAAAAUUCUGAUUACAACCAGCGAGUCCAGUCCAUAAAAGACUUAAUCAAACACCUGCCAAAACCAAACCAGGAAACAAUGAAAGUUUUAUUCCAGCACCUGAAAAGGGUAAUAGACCACGGCGAGGUGAACCGAAUGACGACACAGAGCGUGGCUAUAGUGUUCGGCCCGACCCUGCUACGGCCGGAGAUCGAGACGGGCAACAUGGCGGUUUACAUGGUUUAUCAAAACCAGAUUGUAGAACUCAUCCUUCUGGAGUAUGAGAACAUAUUUGGCAGGUAGAACACCUCCAGCCAAGUGAGAGUGACUCCAGUAAACACGAUGCUAAAUCAUCUCAUCCAUUGCACAAUAAAGAGAACGAAACGCGGAAUGCGCCACUGCCUUGGACCAAGCUUAAAUACACACGCAAAUGUGAGUGGAUUUACUCAGACUUAUGACUGGAUAUAAGACGAUUAAAUACAGGAAAGUUCUUUAUGCACUUAAUAUAAGAGGAUAUACAACUUGCUUUCCAUCUCUUUCGUUUGGAGCGUCAUUCCUUGGCUUAGAAUAAGCUUUUGGACAAUUACGGAUGGUCAUUAUUCUCCAUGAUGCACUGUUUUUGGAAGAUCAGAAGAUUUUAUAAAUUGGACACUGGAACGGACUGCAUCUUAGCCAGUAUUGAUGACUAGAGGAACAACUGUGGACUGAGCGGACAUUUUGUCUGGUUCGAUGAAGUCUUUGCAGUGAAAUGUAGAUAAUCUGAGGUUUCUUGAACUCAAGUAUCUUGUAUCCAGGCUGUGGACUCUGAUAUUUUUUUUCCUGUGGAAUAAGCUAAAAGUGCACUGUAUUAAGAAGGCAGUAUUAUUAGACAAUGACUACUUGACCUAUGGACAAUAGGUAAUAAUCAGUAUUAGUUCAGGAAUCCUCAGUCCUUCAAAUUGGAAAGACUCCACACCAAACCCUACAUGCUAUUGGAUAACUGACAUGCUCAUCUCUCUUCGUCCAACAUGUCAACCAAUAAGAAUCUCUGAGCACGAACUCCCUCUUAAUGAAAUAGCAGGUAUUGAGGUGUUGUGUUUGUGAGGCCUGUGAAGGACCCUGUGUUGUUUUCUUUGAGUGAUGGACUGUGUUGUGUUGAAUUGUGUAACAAAGAUCCAGGUUGUUUUCCACACCCGUGUUAUGAGUUGUAAAAGAAGCCUCUCAGAAAACAGCCAAAGGCUACUAAGCUAUCUCGCCAACUCCCCUUCAUACAGUAUCUCAUGAGGCUUCAUGGAAAACGAAAGGUGAGAUGCUUAGAUUGGCAUUCGGGCCUUACACGGUUUCAAAUCAAUACGCGGUAUUCAUCUCCUCUUUCCCAAAGAAGCUGACAAGAAAAGGGCCGAAUGGUACUUGGAAUCGUACUGCGGUGGGGAAACAGCUUUUUAAUGGAACUCAGCAUAUGUAAAGAUUACUGAAAAAAGCUUGAACCUUGUACAGAAAAAAAAUGAAUAAUUGAAGUGUAAUGGUUUGAAGUUUGUGUGUCAAUAACAAGUGAUAAGAUCUAAUUUUGUUGAUGUACGGAUGAAGAAUAUGAAUAUUAAGGGGGGGGUCAUGCGUUGUGAACUGCACAUUUUGAAUGUAAUUUUCAGACUAACUGCUGUUUCUGAAAUUGACGUCUAAUUCUGAUUAAAAAGGAAAAACUCAUGGAUAAUAUUAAAGCGAUAAUGACUGAGUUAUUGUUGCAGUUUAUCUUUAUAAUUUGUCACAUUGAAGCUCUUCAUAUCGAGAUAAAAUGAUGCAAUGAA